AUGGACACGGAGCAGUAUCCCUCAAUUCGCGAGCUCUCCCUCUUUGAUAUGACGAUAUUGAAGGCGCUGAAAACGUUGAAUUGGGAUCAGAAGCAGCAGAUGAGGGACAAAGGCUACAUGUUUUAUGAGAAGCCGCAGCUGGAGAGGAUAUUUUCAUCACCGUCCAAUUUAAUCGGCCCGGCCGCUUCCACAUUGGACCUCAAAAAGUUCAACAAAAUGACGGCCGACGACAAGGAGCGCCUCUUGGAGGAAGACAUUCGGAAGUUGGCAAAAAUGGGUACCACCCAAGAGAAACCUAAGCUUCGGACAAAACGAGCGGCUCGUGUGGACCCGGUGGUGGAUUUAUUGAAUGGAGGAAAUAUGACGGUAAAAUUCCAAGAGGAUUUCCCGGCCAGCGAUGACGACCAUAAUGCUGGUAGUAUAGCAGGGAACAAUUCCACGCAGCUACAAAUAGAAGAAAGCGGCGGUGGCGGGAAUGAGACAAAUCCAGAAGGGGAAGGCGGGAAAGAACAAGAUCUGGUAGAAUUCGAAAUCCUGAACCCGACCGCGUUUCGGUCGUUUGUUGGGGAAGGAUUCACAUGGGAGGUGGCCGUGCUCUCCCCUGAAGCAUUCAUUUUCGAGCUGUUGGACCCGGAUUUCAUGGUGCUCGACGUUCUCUCGCCAAAAGCAUUUUGGGCGACGAUUUUGUCGCCGGGCGCUUUCAUCGCGCGUACCCUAAGCCCGACCGCGCUCCGCGCCGAGGUAGGUGAUUUUCAAGGCCCGCUCAAGGUAAAAGAACCC